UUCUACUUUGGUUUCCGUGCAGGUAGCGUCUAUGGAUACGAUAGAACCACAAGUUAGUGCUCACUUUCUUGCUGUACUCUUCGAAUCUACCCGGUUAUGUAGAAGAUUAAGCAUAUCAUUCAUAUUAUAAAUAUAUGGAUGGACAUUAUGUAAACAUUAGAAAAAGAAACAGAAUCUGAAACAUCAUCAUUUCAAGAUGGCUGCCACUUUGGAUCUACAAAGAAAUCUCCAGAAAUUUCAGCGGAAAGCACACUCGCUGCUAACUGAUCUGGAACGCGACUAUCUGCAUGAUAUUCUACGUCAGUACCACAGGUACAAAGAUGUCGAAAAGCUUAUGGUCUGCCUGCAGAGUGCCCUUGAUACGCCAAGAAAGAAAGACCUGUUUAAGGAAAUUCGUUCUCUAAUCCCGCACUCACACUUGCCACAGUUUGAUGAGCUUGCACCGUACUCGGAGAUGGCUCAUCCGUACUCACCAGAGCGAAGGAGAAAAAGAGAACCAAGAUCUGCGUUAAAUGCAGAUGCCUCAGUGCCUUGGACAGGAUCUGUACAUGUCGGCCAGCAUUCUCCCUCCAGCCUUUGCCACGUUACCAUUCAGAAGGUGCAGGGAAGUCUCGGCUUUAGCAUCAGAGGUGGCUCAGAACACGGCCUAGGAAUAUUUGUCAGUUCUGUUGAUCAUCGCUCACCAGCAGAUGUGAAUGGUCUAGAAGUGGGCGAUCAAUUGAUUGAAGUGAAUAAUGUGAAUUUUGAGAACAUCGCCACCAGCAGUGCAGUAAUGGUGCUCCAGGGGAGUAACAGAUUACGCAUGAAGGUGAAACGAACGGGCAAAGUACCAGGCUUCAAGUACGCACGAGAAAAGACUUCAUGGUAUGACACUGUUGAACGAACCAUAACAGACCAGAAUGAGGAUGGGCAGCCUACACCGCCACGAUUCAACAUGUCCGGUACAAGGAUGUUGCAAGAUGCUGGCGAGAGAAGAGUUAUUAUCAAGCUUGCACCUGGACAAUGCAUCGGCUUUAACUUAAGGGGUGGCAGUGAAUAUGACUUGGGAAUCUAUGUCUCAAAACUUGAUCCAGAUGGUGCAGCAAAGAAUAGUGGGAUCCAAGUAGGUGACCAAAUUGUGAAUGUAAAUGGCGAAAGUUUUCUCAACAUAUCACAUGUUCGGGCGAUUGAUUUCCUACGCAACCAGCGCCAUCUUAUAAUGACGAUAAGGACAGUAAACAGAUAUCCGGCCUAUAAAGAGAUGGUGGCAGAGUAUAGUUGGGUGAAUGAACAACCGAUUAAGAAAAAUAAACGUCCACAGUCACGUUCUUCACCGAAGAUGCCACCUCUGAUACCCGCAUAUGCAAAUGGUUCCAGCAUGCAAGUACCAAUGGACCAUACAGAACGCUUUACUCAGACUCCUCCAUUAGACGAAGGAGGGGUGGCACAGAGAAUUCCAUCAAAUGAUGGCAUUAAUACUGGUAUGAAUAGACUUUCUUCUCAAAAUAGUCAUUUAGGUGUAAAGCAGCAACAGCAGCCGCAGUACAAGAGAGUGGCUUCAACUGGUGACCUCAAACAUUUUGAAAGAUUAUCAGAGGGGGUAGCGGCAAGUGCAGUAAUAAAUAUGCCAAGACGGCAAUCUCAACCACCUCCGUACUCCGCAACCUCACAGAAUUAUCCCGCAGCAUUGCAAACUACCUCGACUACACAGAUUCAGGCCAUUCCUCCACCAGCAGUAACUCACCAAGAAAUUUCAGCAGCUGCAGACCAUGCAGACAGUGGAUCAUCUAAGAGUGUACAACCAUCUCGGAAUCAGCCUGUUAUGGGAACGCAUGCCUUGAAAAGUGAAAAGCGCAGCCUAGGUCGCUCUCACAGUAUGAAACAUCCUGGAGAAAAGAGCCUGCCGCCCAUGCAGGAGAAGGAAAUGAAGGAAAGACAAAAGGUGAAGCGCAAUAGAACAUUCAGAGAAAUUUUAUUUGGAAUGAAAAUGAAGAGAAAAGAGAAAGAAAAAGAUAAAUCAAAAACAGGUUCAAUGAGUGGCAAGGUAAAACGUCGUAUUCCAUUAGGAAGUUUCCGGAAGACAAAAACUUCAAGAAGUCUUGAUGAACUGGAUAAAGUGAGCCGUGCUGAUACCGAUCCUUCGUGGGCCAAUAAAACAUGGGCUGUAAGGCGGAACAGUAUUGGUGACCUAAGAUCAGUUGAAGCAGGCUCUAGUCAUGGUACCAGUAGUGAUGGAAGGCAGAGUGUUGCAUCCCUGCAAGCUACCACAAGAAGCAAUUCACCUGAACCAGAAUUUGACUUUGAGCCUGCAAUAACCUGUAUGAUGGAGUUGGCUCAGCGACUGCUUACACAGGAUGAAUGCACAGCCAUUGUCAGACACAUCAGACGGUAUCAUGAGGACCACGAUGUAGAGCAACUUGUGCAUCCAUUGUUAGCAAUUCUCGAUAAACCAGAGAAGGUGAUAUUAUUACGAGAGAUCAGAAGUACUCUCUACCAAACUGACCUGGGUCGAUUUGAAAGUAUGGUGGCUAGAAGAGAGGCUGCUGCAUUUGAAGAGCUCCAGUCAGGCACAUCUAACUACAUUCGUAAAUCACCGAUGUUAAGGAGAUCAACUAAAACAGCACCACCAAAGAAAACAAUUCUUGAAACAAAACCAAAUACUCUUGGAGGAUUCCACCUGCAGACAACUCAAAACAUGAACAGAGAGAAACGGAGAAAAGAGGAACUUGAAAGAUUAAAAAAAGAAAGGCAUGAAGAAAUACAGAGGAAAAUGAAAGAGCAAAAGGAAGCUGAUGAUUAUGCUGAAAGAGCAAUGCCAUAUGGUCAUAUUAUAGGGAAAUCUAAUAAUCGUCCAAUCGGAGGGAACACUUCAGAUUUCAAAUUGACAUUACCAACUGAAGACAUUUAUCACAAUUCUAAUAAAAACACUUUGUCAGAAAGAAACAGUGAACAAUCAACAACAACAAUGAAUGCUGAUCGUAGCACAAGUCCAAAACAUGCACGUGGUAAACAUAAAAGGAUAGAGGUUAGUGAUUAUUUUCAAAGAUCAGAUGAAGAUAGUGAGAUCUCUCCUAUACCUGAUAGAAAGUCUGUGAAAAACCUGCAGAAUGGUAGAUCUUCUGGAAAGACAUCAGAAAGACAAAAUCAAAAAAGAAUGAUUGUUAGCGAUUACCUACAAAGAAGUGACAGUGGUGAGGAGGAGGAAGAUGAUGAUAAUGAGGUCUCACCAAUUGUUAGAAAGAAGUCAAUUCAGAACCCAUAUCAAGACCAUACAUCCACAGGACCAUCACAGAAAUUGGGACAAAAGGAUGGAACGAAGCAAGAGAAACCUAAAGAGGGGGUAGUGCAGUUAAGCAAUGGCUUGAGUAAUAAUUUUGAAGACUUGGACAGUAGUCUGGGCUCUGGCAAGUUCACAGCCAACCCAAUCUUUGGAAUGGACAAUAUUCCCAAAAAAGCACCCAAUGAAAGUGAAGAGAACACGAGGCCAAGAAGUGCCGUUCGUUUUGAACUCAAUGCUAAUUUUUACAGUCCAGAGGUUUCACCACGUGAUAGCGAUUCUAGUCCAAGAUAUAUUACCACACCUGACAUUAUUGUCAAUGAUGAACUGGAUUUCGUAAUAGAGGAUAAUGAGAGUGUGGAGAGUGAUGGUAGUCUUGAUCACAUCCCAACCACUAUCGAUGACGAUGAUGAGGAGUCUGAGCUCCGGUUUAGUGAUGAGUCAGACACAAGUGCGCAAAUGAUGAGCAGGAAAGGAAAAUACAAAUUUGUAACAGAUGAUGCUGAUGCAUUCUCUACAAGUUCCUCUUCCACUCUAAAGGGAGGGAUGCCAGAGAAGAGAUCAUCUAAUCUACAUGCAAGAUCAAGGAAUAAGACUCCAUCACCAGUAAGAUUCCACAAGCAGGAUAACAAACCAUCACCAUACUAUCCACUUGGGGAUUUCAACCAGAAGAACAAGGACUUUAAUGACAGGCAGCAGCUGAGCGUUGAUGGCAUGGAAGAAUACUUUUCUGAAAGAGAGUCCAAACUCUCAUUUAAUGGAUCCCCUAAUGCUCCGAAGAAGGGAAUUCUAAAAAAUAAAUCUGAGAAACCAGUACUAUCAAAUGGAUACAAUAGCGAGGAGGAACCAUUCCCAUUGAAAGCAAUCAUUCACAGUGCCAGGAUGGAGGCUAAUACGAGUCACAGUGACAACAGUGAGAUGGAUGAGGGCAUUGUUCAAAGAGUUAUAAAGAAAACAAGAACUUCGUUAGGUAUUAGUAUCUCAGGUGGCAGUGAUUCCAGACAGCAGCCACAGGUGUUAAUUGAUAAAGUAUUCCCAGGUGGCGCAGCCCAUGACGAUGGCUUUAUACAGCCUGGUUUCCAGUUGGUUAAAGUUGAUGGCCAGUCACUGCAGAGUUUGUCGCACAACCAAGUGGUGGAGGUCAUUCGCAAGGCAUACAGCAAUGCCGCACGGGACAGGAUGACAGUCACUGUUCUCACCUCCUGAACAAUGGACUAGCAAUGGCGUAUUUAUGACGAUGAGGAGGGUGAUGAUAAAUUGUGGAAAUUUUUUAGUUUUUGUGUCUAGUUGAGUGCAGCUCAUUUCAGUAUAAGAACAAUAAAUCUCCGAUGUUUGUGGUUAACCUCUGUGAUGCAUUGGUACAGAAUGCAAUUGUUGAUGAGCCUCCAUUACCGUUGCAUAACAUGUGAAUGAGGAUCAGAUAGUCUGCCCUUUAGCUAUUCCAGCAUGCAUCAUCACACCCUCAUCUAAUGGUGGUGACCAAGAUCAAAGUGACUGUACUUAUAAUAUGUAAUUAUAACUGGUUUUAUAUUAAAUUUGUGAUGCAAUGUUUAUAAUAUGAAUCUAAAUAUUUGGGCUAGAACAAAUAAAAUAAUGAUAUGAAUUUAUGGAUUAUUUUAACUUGAUGGAAAGUGAUAGUUAAUUGAUCUAGAUGAUAAAAUUCACCAAUACAUUUCUUUAUAUAUAAAAUAGUGUGAGUUUGAGUAAGAAAAAAUGCUGCAUAUAAUGAUAAUGAUAGUAGUAAUAAUGAUAAUAAUAAUCAUGAUAAAAAUUGGUGGCAAUAUAGUAUAAAACAGCAACAGGGAAAUACCAUGAUUCAUGCAUAGUUAUUAUAAUGGAUCCAUUUUUCUGUGUGUUGUGAACAACUAUUUUUACAGUUUAUCAUUAUUACUAUAAUCAUUAUUAUUAAUCAUCAUAAAUAUUAUCAGUAUUAUUCAGUAAUAAUUUUAGUACCGGUAUUCAAUCAAUCAUUAAUCAAUCAUCAUAUAUUCCGAAAUCGAAAUACAACUUAAACUACCUAAUAGGAAGAUUUCGCAAUCUUACGAAAACGAUAACGAAUACAUCAUUAUCAAUAUCGUCAUUCGUGCCUGAAAUAUUAUUGACAAUAUGCUGUGGAGCUGCAAUCCUUAAUCCUUAAUCCUGAAUUAAUCCUUAAUUAAUAAAAAAGGCAUGAAACACCAACGUUGUGACAGAUAUGCAGUGUAUGGGAAGGGUUGUCUAAAAAUUUUGUGACGUAUUCGUUAUCGUUUCCGUAAGGUUGCAAAAACUCCCUAUUAUUAUUAUCCUAAUUGAAAUGUAAAUUUUGUGCACAGAAUGUGCAUCGUCCAUAUUCAACAACAACUCACUUGACAGUAUUUGAUCAAUAAUAACCCUGGGUGUAAGCUGGGGUGCAGGGUGGGGACCAUGAUGGCAAAUUAGUUCUACUAAGUGGGUUAAAAUACUAAUAAUGAGUUUUCAUCCACAGACCAAAACCUGCCUAUACCCCUGAUAACCGAUAUGUUACUAGAACUUGCCAGACAUCACAAAUGUAAUUACUGAUAUUUUGUUAUUAGAAAGAUGUUUUUAAACAGUCAUAAAGAUGGACACAUCAAAUCAAGUAUAAAAGUGAAAAUCAAAUUGUUAAAAUUAUUAUAAUUUAACUUUAUAGGCUUAGCAUGGCUUUUGUCAACAUAACUAUUUUCAAGUAUUUGUAUCCAGUAUUAUGGUAGAUAAUUCACUCCAUAGUCAUGUUAGCUGCAAAAUCAUGUUUGGGAAGAGUCGUUUGAAAUAGAACCAAACCAACAUUCCAUAGGUAAAGCAAGUCAUGUAAUAAUUGUAUAUUAUUUUAAACUGUGCAAUAGAUAUCAAUGAUAUUGAUUGAGUUUUAUGAGGGUUAAGAUAUUAAUUUGUAUAUUUUAGGAUAGAAAUAUUUUAUACUUCUGUUAUGUUUUUUUAUAACGAUUCAGUAGCAUUUAUAUAGUAUGGUAGGUUAUAAUCAUGACCAUCUUUAUACUCAGUCCCCAUCAUACUCAUCAUAUUUUGUCUUUGUCAUCAUCGGUACCAUUUUGCAUCUUAUAAACCUACUACCUUCAUUAUUAUUCUUCAUCAUUUUCAUUAUUAAAUCUUCAGCAAUCAUCAUGGUCACUCUGCAUUGUUUUAAUCUUUCCAACCGAUCCAGUUCAAUUUGAUGUGAUUUUAUUAUUGUAGUUUAUUUUUAAUGUUCUUGCAAAAAAAUAUUUUCUUUAAAUAAAUAUUGAGCAAUUUGGAUUUGCUCAUACAUAAAAUAAA